GGGAAGUGACUGCGCCGCGCUCCCCGCCCCGCCGCGGGAAACGCGCGGCCCCUCCGCCCCCUCGGCGCGGGGCCGGCGCGUCUCGGCAGAGCCGCGCCCGCGGAGCAGCGCGGCCGGGCCAUGGCGCGCCUGGGCGUGAUGCUGGUCCUGCUGGGCGCCGCGCUGGCCCCGGGCAGCGCCUUCAACCUGGACGUGGAGCGCCCGGCCGUCUACUCGGGCCCGGCGGGCAGCUACUUCGGCUUCGCCGUGGACUUCUUCGCCCCCGACCCCUUCUCGACAUAUCUUCUGGUGGGAGCUCCGAAAGCCAACACUACCCAGCACAACAUCAUAGAGGGAGGGCAGGUGCUCAAAUGUAACUGGAACUCCAACAGGAACUGCCAGCCCAUUGUGUUUGAUGCCACAGGUAACAGAGACUUUGCUCCUGAUGAUCCGCUGGAAUUUAAGUCUCAUCAGUGGUUUGGAGCCUCUGUAAGAUCCCAAAAUGAUAAAAUUCUGGCCUGUGCCCCGCUGUACCACUGGAGAACUGAAACAAAGCAAGAGAGAGAGCCUGUAGGAACUUGUUACCUGCUUGCUGGGUCAAAAUUUGUGGAAUAUGCUCCCUGCAGGUCAACAACUAUCGAUGCAGAUGGACAGGGAUUUUGUCAAGGUGGAUUUAGCAUUGACUUCACAAAGGGAGACAGGGUGCUGCUUGGAGGACCUGGAAGUUUUUACUGGCAAGGCCAGCUGAUUUCUGAUCGAGUGACAGAGAUUGUGGCCAAGUAUGACUCCAAAGUCUACAGCACCAAGUAUGAUGACCAGCUAGCAACCAGGCCUGCCAGUGCUGCUUUUGAUGACAGCUACUUGGGUUAUUCAGUGGCUGUUGGAGAUUUCAAUGGUGAUGGCAUCGAAGACUUUGUGUCAGGAGUCCCACGGGCAGCAAGAACUCUGGGCAUGGUGUCCAUUUACAAUGGGAAAAACAUGUCCUCCAUGUACAACUUCACUGGAGAGCAGAUGGCUGCCUAUUUUGGGUAUUCAGUGGCUGCCACAGAUAUUGACGGGGACAAUUACACAGAUCUGUUUAUUGGAGCCCCUCUUUUUAUGGAUCGAAGUUCAGAUGGGAAGCUUCAGGAGGUUGGCCAAGUAACCAUCUGCCUUCAGCGAGCCUCUGGAGGGUUUCAGACAGCAAAGCUGAACGGCUUUGAGAUCUUUGCGAGGUUCGGCAGCUCCAUCGCACCCCUGGGGGAUCUGGAUCAGGAUGGCUUCAAUGAUGUUGCAGUUGCUGCACCAUAUGGUGGAGAGGACAAGAGAGGACUUGUGUAUAUCUACAAUGGAGGAGCCAGUGGUUUGAAUGCCAUCCCAUCCCAGGUCCUGGAAGGGCAGUGGGCCGCUCGCACUAUGCCCCCCAGCUUUGGGUACUCACUGAAAGGAGCCACAGAUGUGGACAAAAAUGGAUAUCCAGACUUGAUUGUUGGAGCCUUUGGUGUUGACACAGCUGUCCUGUACAGGGCAAGACCAGUUAUUAGAGUAAAUGCUGCCCUGGAAGUUAAUCCAACCAUUCUAAACCCAGAAAACAAAGCCUGUUCACUGGGAGAUGUAAAAGUUUCUUGCUUCAAAGUAAAGUUCUGCUUAAAGGCAGAUGGCAAAGGAAAGCUCCCGAACUCACUCAAUUUCCAGGUGGAGCUGCUGCUGGACAAGCUGAAGCAGAAAGGAGCUAUCAGGAGAGCUCUGUUUCUGCACAGCAGACAGCCCAGCCACUCCAAGAACAUGACAAUUACAAAGGGGGGCAAAAUGAACUGCGAGGAACUCGAUGCCUUCUUGAGGGAUGAAUCUGAGUUCAGAGACAAGCUGACUCCCAUUACUAUUUUCAUGGAAUAUCGUCUGGACUACAGGACAGCUGCAGAUGCAACAGGAUUGCACCCUAUCCUCAACCAGUUCACUCCUGCUAACAUGAGCAGACAGGCACAUAUCCUGCUGGAUUGUGGGGAUGAUAAUAUCUGCAAACCAAAGCUGGAGGUGUCAGUAGAAAGUGAUCAGAAGCAGAUCUACAUCGGUGAUGACAAUCCCCUGACCCUGAUUGUCAGUGCUCAGAACCAGGGGGAGGGAGCCUAUGAAGCAGAACUCUUCGUCCUUGUUCCUCCCCAAGCAGAUUUCAUCGGGGUUGUUCGCAACAACGAGGAUUUGGCCAGACUGUCAUGUGCUUUUAAAACAGAGAAUCAGACUCGCAUGGUAGUUUGUGACCUGGGCAAUCCCAUGAAAGCAGGGACUAAGCUCUUAGCUGGCCUGCGUUUCAGCGUGCACCAGCAGUCUGAGAUGGACACCUCUGUCAAGUUUGACUUGCAAAUCCGGAGUUCCAACCUGUAUGACAACCUGAGCCCAGUAGCAUAUUAUCAGGCUGACCUUGCUAUUUCAGCAGCUGUUGAAAUUAGAGGUGUGUCGUCCCCUGAUCACAUAUUCCUUCCUAUUGCAAACUGGCAGCCAAAGGAGAAUCCUGAAACAGAAGAUGAUAUUGGGCCUCUAGUUCAGCACAUCUAUGAGCUGAGAAACAAUGGCCCAAGUGCAUUCAGCAAGGUGAUGAUGACUCUGCAGUGGCCUUACAAAUAUAAAAACAACACGCUGCUGUACAUUGUGCAGUAUGAAAUUGAUGGUCCCAUGAACUGCACUUCUGACAUGGAAAUCAACCCACUGAAAAUUAAGAUUUCUGCUUCCAAGGACGAUGACAGGAAUGAAACCCUUGGCAGGGAGGAUCACCGUGAGCACCGCGUCAGCCGCAGGGAUUUGCCUGCCGUGGAGGGGGACGUGCACACUCUGGGCUGUGGAACUGCUGACUGUUUAAAGAUUGUCUGUCAGGUUGGCCACCUGGAGAGGGGAAAGAGUGCAAUAUUGUAUUUAAAAUCACGCCUUUGGACCCAAACUUUCAUGAAUAAAGAAAAUCAGAAUCAUUCCUACUCUCUCAAAUCAUCUGCUUCCUUCAGUGUUAUAGAGUUCCCUUAUAAGAACCUUUCCUUUGAAGAUAUUCACAAUUCUACAGUUGUUGCUACAAAUAUUACGUGGGGCAUUCAGCCACAGCCCAUGCCUGUGCCAGUGUGGGUUAUCAUUUUGGCCGUCCUAGCAGGGUUACUGCUCCUGGCUGUUCUAGUGUUUGUCAUGUACAGGAUGGGCUUUUUCAAACGAGUGAGGCCACCUCAGGAAGAACAAGAAAGAGAGCAACUGCAACCGCAUGAGAACGGGGAGGGAACAUCAGAAGCCUAAGCAGAGUUUUAUCUGUAAGACAUUCUGAAAUGUACACUUGCCUGCAUCUUGGUUACAAAUACUGGCUUCCCCCUCCAUGAGCAAACCCUCACCACUGCAGAGCUGCUGGUCUCAGAAGGCUUCAGCACGUGCAAAACAAGGGCAAAACACUUCAACCUCCCUCCUGCAUUAACCCCUUCCUGCCUGCCACUAACACAUCCACACUGACCCCGAGGGACAAACUCCAGGGACAGCAGAGCUGGGAUUCUGCUUGCUGGGACACAGGACGCAUCAUCUUCUCUGGUUCAUGUACUGACUUGACUCUCCAUGAAUUGCUACGCAGAUUCUGCAUUUGCCCUUGGAGCCAACAGCCUCCGGAGGUGCUGGCUGGAUUCUGUGGUUGGUUUUGGUUGGAGCACACUACAUUUCAUCGCCUAGCUCUUGAAAGUCAAUUGCACAAAAAAAAAAAAAAGAAUGUAGCUUGUUUUACAGUACUGAAGAAUGUUCUUUACCCAUUAGCUCUGAUGAUGAUUUUUUUUUUCUCCUGCUCAAGAAAUAGGAAAUAUUCAGUGGAAUCGUUCACAGCUGACACCGGUUCCCCUGCCUGCUCAGUCAUGUGUCUUGUGGUUUCUCUCUAGACCUUACAAAUACUGUUCUCCAUGUCCUGGGUCUCUUACUGUAGGGACUGAGCCUGCAAGCACCAAGUGAGGGAUAGAAAUCUGGGGCUGAUGUAUUUUCUGUGGGACUUGGGGAAAAGAUUCAGGGCAAGAUCCCAAGACUCUGCUGUGUAUUUCCACAGUGCAGGAUCCAGGUGUUCCACAGAGUUCUUGGCACCAUGGAUGCAUUCAUGCCCUGCCAGGGACAAGGUGCUGGGCUGUGGCUGCCAACAGGCGUGUCUGAGAAAACCCUUGAUGUCCACAAGUCAAACCUAUGCAGGGUUUGAGGUGAAGGCUGUAAAUUAGUUGGAUUGUAUUUUGGUUUCUAGCAGAACCCUGGAGGGACGCUGUGUGACAGGUUACCUGGUGAAGCUGUUAAUGCUCACUUUCCCGCUUGACCAUGCCCAGGUGCAGGAUGGAAUGACACAGGGGCUGUUCAGACCAGUCUCUCUGCCAGCCACAUCCAUGGAUCUGGAUUACACCCGCACUUUAGCCACACUCACACCUCCCUCACCUCCUGCCCUCAGAAACAGGGAGUCAAAUGAAGCAGGGAAGAGCUGGCAGUGCACAAGGGUUCAAAAAGUAAAGGUUGAUUCAGCUUGUUUCACUUCACUCAUUCAUUGUUUCAUUGGCUUGUCUAAUUUGAUUCAUUCAUUCUUUCAGGCCCUGCAUGUUUCAUUGCACAAGGCAUUUCAUUGCACAAGACAUUUCAUUAUGUUCAAUGCAUUUCAUUACCAGAAAAGACACUAAGAAUCUUGAUUCAUUGCUGGUUUUUGAACAUACCAAAAGGUCAGUGGUUUAAAGCCACACUUUUACAUCACUCUCAGCUUAUUUCCCUCACUGUUGGUGUAGUAAAAGGAAGUUGGUUGUUCAGCUUGCAACCACAAGCUGCACGGAUUCUACAGAGGACAUACCUGAACCAUUACUGAGGUGCCUUCUAUGAGAUGUGUUUAUUCUCUUUUCCAAGACUUCUAC